GCCUCGUGCUGCUGCUCCCCGCCUCGACCCGCUCACAGUCACACAACUCAGUCACACAACUCCACUACACUUUCUGUCGGGUUUUACGCAUUGUAUGGACCCUGACUCAUUAAACUAAGCGACUACGGAAUACGACGCUCGAAUGGUACCCGGAUUCGAUCCGGUGUAGAGGUGGGAAUGAAUCGGCACCAGGAUGCUUGGUUCUAAGCUAUUAUUUCUAUUCAAUGGUAGCUUUUGAUUGUGCCUGACUCGAGAGAGAGAGCGAGAGAGAGAGGGGGAGAGAGGGAGAGAGUAUCAUGGCCGCUCAGGUCGCCACUCUCAACACUAGCCCGCCUUCAGAACUAAAAAAGCCGGAUCGAGAACCAAAAGAGGAGUCGGUACCGGGGGAAAAACAGACGGACAAGAAACCCUCGGGAUUAGACAGCGGAUCACCGGGACGGGGAGACCUGCAGGACGGGGCCGACGGAGGAAAUGCAGGGGGAGGAGGGGAACCUGAGAUGAAGAACGGGAAUGGGAACCCGCCCAGGCCUAAUAAUAAUCAGAAUGAUUCUAUCGGACCGGAUGGGAAUAACCACCCUGGUAUGGUUAAUCACCACGGGUCCGCUUUUCCUCCACCCUCGUACGGAUACAGUCAGCACUACGGUCGGGCCCCUUUUCAUCAACAUGGCGGACAACAAAGCCCUGGCAUGGCAGCUGCUGCAGGUCCGGUCGUGCAGUCGAGCAACAUGAUCGACCCAUAUCAACCCAACUCGCACGACCAUGGAUUUUCUAGCCAUCCGUUCAACAAUUACAGCCCCUUCCCAAACAGAACUCCCUAUCCCGGCCAAGGAUACGGCAUGAACUCCCCACGCAAUACCCAGGCACCGACAGCUGGGGGACAGCCAGCUAAGCAACAACCAGCGGGAGGACCCACAGCAAUGGCUGGAUCUUACAAUAAUCAGAGAUAUACUAUGGGAAACCCUCAGCCCACAUCCACCCCGACACUUAACAAACUCCUAACAUCCCCCAGUUCUACCCGGGGGUACCCCAACUACCCGCCCGGUGACUACAGCGGUCCAGAAGGCGCUACUAAGGGACCAGCAGACAUGGGCAGCAGCGGUCCGUAUGGAGGCAGCAACCCGGCCUGGCAACAAAGACCCCAUCACCCGUCGCCUAUGAGUCCGGGAAGUGCCGGGCCACCGCUUGGCAGAAACCAGCCUCCUGGACCCAUGGACCCGAUGGGGAAGAUGCGAGGCCAACCGUACGGAGCAGGGAGUCCGUACUCCCAGCAGCCCGGGCAGGGGCCCCCGACCGGGCCCCAACAGGGACCAGGCUACCCAGGCCAGGCGUACGGCCCCCCGGGUCCACAACGAUACCCGGUGGGGAUGCAGGGACGCGCUCCCGCGGGCAUGGGGGCGAUGCCGUACGGCCCACAGAUGGGGUCCUACGGCCAACAGGGGCCGGGAGGGUACGGGCCUCAGUCCCAGGCCCAGUACUACGGCCAGCCCGGCCAGGCCCCCCACCCCGGCCAGCAGCAGCCGGCCUACCCCCAGCCCCCCUCCGGACAGCAGGGCGGGCAGACGCCUUACCCGGGCCAGCCCCACCCGGCGCCCUCCUCCUCCGCCGCUGCCCACAGCCAGGGAGCGCCGGCCUAUCAGCAGCCCCACAUGCCCCCCCAGGGCCAGGGCCCGCCGCCGGGCGCGUCCCAGGGCCCGCCGCAGCAGACGCCGUAUUCCCAAGCGUCGGCGCCUCAGUCCGGCCAGUCGCCGUAUCCCCAGCAGCAAGGGCCCCCCAGCCAGGCGCCCUCUGGCCUGCCCCCCUCGCAGGCCGGCCCGCAGGCUCCCGCAGGGCCCCAGAGCCAGUCCAACUACCCGGGGGCAACGCAGGGGCCGCAACAACAGCAGCCGUCCCAGCAGCAGCAGCAGCAGCAGCAGCAGCAGUCCUCCUCCCAGCAGCAGGCAGCCAGCCAGCCCUCACAGCAGACCCCCGGACACGGGCCCCAACACCCACCCCAGGGCCCGUCGGGAGCGUACCCCCAAAACCCUGCCGCUGCACCUCCUACCACACAGCAGCAGCAGCAGCAGCAGCAGCAGCAGCAGCAGCAGCAACAACAGCAACAGCAGCAGCAGCAAGCACAACAGUCUCCUUACCAACGGUUUCCCCCUCAACAACAGCCCCAACAGGAUCUGUCGGGCUCCCUCGACGACCUGCCCGUGGGCACCGAGGCGGCCAUGAGCCCCGGCGUGAGCACGCCCGGGGUCAGCACGCCCGGGGUGAGCACCCCGGGGGUCUCCAGCAGCCAGGGGGACCAGAGCAACCCGCCCUUCUCGCCCCACACCUCCCCCCACCUGCCGGGCAUCCGCGGGCCUUCGCCGUCGCCGGCCGGCUCGCCAGCCAGCGCCGGCGCCGGCCGCAGCGGCCCGCUGUCUCCCGCCAACAUGCCAGGGACCCAGAUGCCCCCGAGGCCGUCGAGUGUGCAGUCCGACGGCAGCCUGCACCCCUCCAUGAGCCAGUCCCCCAUGGCCCAGGAACGAGGGUUCAUGCAGCGGAACCCCCAGAUGCCCCCGUACGGAUCCCCCCAGUCCGCCUCCUCUCUGUCGCCACGCCAACCCUCCGGAGGACAGAUGCACGCUGGGAUGGGACCCUACCAGCAGAACAACACCAUGGGCGGCUACGGGCCUCAGGGGGGGCAAUACGGACCCCAAGGUUACCCCCGGCAACCCGGCUACAGCAACAUGCCCAACGCCAACUACCAGGGUCCGGGCGUGGGGCCCAUGAACCCCAUGGCGGCCCAGGCCGGAGGGCCCCCCUACACGGGGAUGCCUCCCGGUCGCAUGCCCCCCGGGCAGAUGGGAGUGCGCCCCUACGGGCCCAACAUGGGGCCCAACAUGGGACCCAACAUGGGACCGAACAUGGGACCCAACAUGGGCCCCAACAUGGGGCCGAACAUGGGACCCAACAUGGGCCCCAACAUGGGCCCCAACAUGGGCCCCAACAUGGGCCCCAACAUGGGCAACAUGCCGCCCCAGGUGGCCUCGGGGAUGUGUCCCCCGCCGGGCCUGAACCGGAAGCCCCCGGACGGUGUGGCCAUGCAGCACGCCGCCUCCAACUCCAUGCACAACAGGAUGCCUGGCUACCCAAACAUGCCCCCGGGUAUGAUGGGCUCCGGCCCUCCAUACGGACCCCCCAUGAACAACAUGUCCGGCAUGAUGAACCCCCAGGGGGGCUCCCCUUACCCAAUGGGCCCCAACAUAGCCAACAACUCCACUGGUAUGGCUCCUAGUCCCGAGAUUAACAAUAAGAUGAACAACAAAGUGGAUGGAAGCGUGACCCCUAAACCGGAGCCCAAAUCCAAGAAGUCCAACUCGUCAACGACCACCAACGAGAAGAUCACGCGUCUGUACGAGCUGGGCCCGGAGCCCGAGAGGAAAAUGUGGGUGGACCACUACCUGGCCUACAUCGACGACAAGGCCAUGGGGAUGACCAACCUGCCCGCCGUCGGCCGCAAGCCGCUGGACCUCUUCCGCCUCUACAUGUCGGUCAAGGAGAUCGGCGGCAUGGCGCAGGUCAACAAGAGCAAGAAGUGGCGCGAGCUGGCCACCACGCUCAACGUGGGCACGUCGAGCAGCGCCGCCAGCUCCCUGAAGAAGCAGUACAUGCAGUGUCUGUUCGCCUUCGAGUGCAAGGUGGAGCGCGGAGAGGAGCCCCCGCCCGAGAUCUUCACCGACAACAAGAAGAACCAGGCCCCCAAGAUCCAGCCCCCGUCCCCCGCGUCCCUGUGUUCCACAGCCGGCUCGGGGUCCCUCCAGGGCCCCCAGACGCCCCAGUCCACCAGCAGCUCCAUGGCCGAGGGGGGAGACCUGAAGCCCCCCACCCCGGCCUCCACCCCCCACAGUCAGAUGCCCCCGCUGCCCCCCGGGGCGAGUGUCAGCCUGCAGGACCCCUUCGCCGAAGGGAGCGACCCGGCCUUCCCCCGGAGGAACCUGACCCCCAACUCGGGCUACCAGUCCGGCAUGAGCACGCCGGAGAUCCAGGGCCGCAUGGGCCCCUACGAGGCCAGCAAGGACCCCUUCGGGGCCAUGCGCAAGGUGAGCGAACAGUUCCUGCCCGCGAGCCAGCCCCCGAGUGGUGGAGCCGGGGAGCCACCGCCACAGCCCCCGCCCCAGCAGCAGCAGCAGCAGCAGCAGCAGCAGCCUCCGUUCAACCGGGGGCCUCCUGGAGCCAUGGGGAACAUGCCAAUGGGGCCCAGGCAGCAGUACCCGUACGGCCCCGGAUAUGACAGGAGACCAGAGCAAGGGAUCGGCCCCGAGGGAAGCAUGGGCCCCAGCGGCCCUCAGCCAAACCCCAUGAUGCCCGCCAACACCGAGGCUGGGAUGUACUCGCCAAACCGCUUCCCCCAGCAGCAGCAGCAGCAGCCACGGCAUGAUUCCUAUGGUAAUCAGUAUCCUGGCCAGGCAACGCCCCCUAGUGGCACCUACUCCAACCCGCAGCCCGGAAUGUACCCACAGCAACAACAGAGCUACAAGCGUCCCGUGGAGGGGGGGUACCCGCCCGCCAAGCGGCACGAGGGGGAGUACAGCGGGCCCUUCCCGGGGGGGCAGACGCCCGCCCAGCAGCAGCAGCAGCAGCAGCAGCCGGGGGGCCCCUCCGCGGCCCCGGCCGGCCAGCCCGACUCCUACAGCCAGUACGGCGGCAGCGGGCCCCCGGGGCCCUACUCCGGCCCCGACCGCCGGCCGCCCGGCCCCCCCGCCGCCCAGUUCCCCUUCGGCUUCGGCCGGGAGCGCAUGCAGGCGGCGGCGGCGGCGGCGGCGGCGGCAGGGGCGGGGGGCGGACCCGCCGCCCAGCCCAACAUGCCCCCGCAGAUGAUGCAGCCGGGCGGCCCCGAGGGGCCCCCGGGCGGUAUGUGGCAGGGGGGCCGGGGGGACAUGAACUACCAGAACUUCCCCAACCGGCAGGGGGGUCCCGGCGCCUCGGGCCCGGGCUACCAGGCCAUGACCCGCUCGGAGGAGAUGAUGACGCCCGAGCAGCGCAUGGCCCACGAGGGCCAGUGGGGCGGCCAGAUGGGGCCCGUACGGCAGCCGCCGUACGGCCCCGGGGGGGGCGGCGGGGCGGGGCCCCCCAUGUCCCGCUCGCUGCAGCCCAACUACCAGAGCCCGCAGGGCGUCCAGAACCACAUUCCACACAUUCCCGCGGCGCCCAGCCCGGCCUCGGUGCCGCGGCCCCUGGAGAGCCGCACCUCGCCCGGCAAGUCGCCCUACGCGCACGGCGGCGGGAUCAAGAUGCAGAAGGCGGGCCCGCCCGUGCCCGCGUCCCACAUCGCGCCCCCCUCGGUGCAGUCGCCCCUCAUCCGGCGAGACAUGCCUUUCCCUCCGGGCUCCGUGGAGGCCACCCACCCCAUCCUGAAGCCCCGGCGGAGGCUGACCAUGAAGGACAUCGGGAGCCCCGAGGCGUGGCGCGUCAUGAUGUCCCUGAAGUCGGGCCUGCUGGCGGAGAGCACCUGGGCACUGGACACCAUCAACAUCCUGUUGUACGACGACAACAGCAUCGCCACCUUUAACCUCGCCACGCUUCCCGGGAUGCUGGAGCUGGUGGUGGAGUACUUCCGACGCUGUCUCAUCGAGAUCUUCGGCAUCCUGCGCGAGUACGAGGUGGGCGACCCGGGCCAGCGGACCCUGAUCGACCCCGACGCGCUGACCCGGGACUGGGCCGGGGCGGAGGAGGAGGACGAGGACCCCCGGGGGGCCGAAGACAUGGAGCAGGACGACGAGGACGACGAAGACGAGGACGACGAGGAGGACGAGGACGAGGCGGAGGUGGUGGGGGUGGCGGCGGCGGCGGGGGAAAGGAAAGAGGGUGUGCAGGUCCGCAUCAAGGAGGAGCCCGGGGAGCAGGAGCCGGACGCCGCGGCACAGAACGGCGAGAAGGCCGAGAACGGGGAGGACGUCGCGGCGGCGGCGAUGGAGGAGGAGAAGAAGGAGCCAGCGCCCCUCGCCCCCGGCCAGGCCAGGCCCAAGCAGGCCAGCAAGUUCGACAAGCUCCCCGUCAAGGUGGUGCGGAAGAGGGACCCGUUCGCGGCGGCGCGCACCGGCCGGCGCGCCACGGUGCAGGAGUUCGACAGCGGCCUCCUCCACUGGAGCGCCGGCGGCGGCGACUCCACGGAGCACAUCCAGACCCACCUGGAGCCGCGCCGCGGCUUCAUGGACCCGCGCCGGCGCGUCCCCGACGACGCGGCCCCCCGCCGGGGCAAGCUCCCGGCUGCCGCCGGCGUCGUCGCGGAGACCGCCGCCUCCCCGUCCGCGGCGGAGAAGGAGAAGGCGAAGGAGCAGGACGAAGAGGCGCCGCGGGACGGGGAGGAGCCCGCCGCCGCCGACAAGAAGAGCGACGGUGAGGAGCAGCAGCGGCGGCGGCGGCGGCGGCGGCAGGAGGAGGAGGAGGAGGAGGAGGACGCGCAGGAGGAGGAGAUCCGCUCGCUGGGCGUGGGGCUGAUCCGGAAGAGCGCCGGCGGCGUGGCGGUCCUGGAGGACGAGCCCCACAGCAAGGACGAGGGCCCCCUGGUGACGCUGGCCAACUGGCAGGACUCGCUGGCGCGCCGCUGCGUCUGCGUCUCCAACAUCGUGCGCAGCCUCUCCUUCGUGCCGGGCAACGACCACGAGAUGUCCCGGCACCCGGGCCUGCUGCUGCUGCUGGGCCGGCUGGUGCUGCUGCACCACCGACACCCCGAGCGCAAGCAGGCGCCGUUGACCUACGAGAAGGACGAGGAGUCGGACGAGGGCGUGGGCCAGCGCGACGAGUGGUGGUGGGACUGCCUGGAGCUGCUGCGGGAGAACACGCUGGUGACGCUGGCCAACGUGUCGGGCCAGCUGGACCUCUCGCUCUACCCCGAGAGCAUCUGCCUGCCCCUGCUGGACGGCCUGCUCCACUGGGCCGUGUGCCCCUCGGCCGAGGCCCAGGACCCCUUCCCCACGCUGGGGCCGCACAGCGCCCUGUCGCCCCAGAGACUGGUCCUGGAGACGCUCAGCAAGCUGAGCAUCCAGGACAACAACGUGGACCUCGUCCUCGCCACGCCGCCCUUCGGCCGGCUGGAGAAGCUCUACGCCAUCCUGGUGCGGCUGAUCGGCGACCGCAAGGUGGCGGUGUGCCGCGAGAUGGCGGUGGUGCUGCUGGCCAACCUGGCGCAGGGCGACGGCACGGCGGCGCGCGCCAUCGCCGUGCAGAAGGGCAGCGUGGGCAACCUGCUGGGCUUCCUGGAGGACAGCCUGGCGGCCACGCAGCUGCAGCAGAGCCAGAGCUCCCUGCUGCACCUGCAGGGGAUGCACUUCGAGCCCACCAGCCCGGACAUGAUGCGGCGGGCGGCCCGAGCCCUGCACGCCUUGGCCCGGGUGGAGGAGAACCACUCGGAGUUCACGCUGUACGAGUCGCGCCUGCUCGACCUCUCCGUCUCGCCGCUCAUGAACUCGCUGGUGUCCCACGUCAUCUGUGAUGUACUCUUUCUGAUUGGCCAGUCAUGACAGCUGUAGGGAG